GAGUUCGACCUGGUUUGUGCAAAACCUCAAGCGAGAGAAACAGAAGAAUAGGAAAAAGGAAAGGUGGGGAAAAUGUUGAAGUUCUUGUCGAAGGUGAGGAUCGAGUUCAACGCAUUGGAUCCACGGACGGCGGCGUGUAUGGAGUUUUUGGCUCAAUGCAACGCCCGCAAGGCUAAGGAAUCGAACCCAGCUUGCCAGGUCCAAGUUAAGCGCCGGACCGACGAUCAACCGCCUCAAAUCACCGUCACCUUCGUCAACGGAGUUGAGGAGAAAUUUGACGCCACCGCCACUCCAGCGCAGACCAUCCGGAACAUGAUUCUGGAGAAGGGUCAGUACCUGGAGACCGAGCAAAUGUUCCGAGAGGCUGGGGAGCGGUGGCCUGUCAUUAUACCUGAGGAAGAGCUCAACCAACCAUUCGCUGGUAUUAAGCCGAAGAAAGCAGAAGAGAAGAAGCAGUGACUGCAGUCAGCAAUGUCAAGGAUAUUAAUUGAGCAAUAGGGCCGAGUCUUUUAGUUGUGACUUGAAUCUCAAUUUUGAAGACAAAUAGUUUGUACAUCUGCGUUAUUGAAGGCUCAUACUUUUAAACUGGAUC